AGGACGUAGCUACCAAAGAAGCAGAAGUGUCAUUACCUUGCAGCUCAUGUCGACAAAAAGCUACACUGCACAUUUCUCUUAGUUAGGCUGCUAAGAGGAAGGAAACACGAAACACACACACACACACACACACACACACACACACACACACACACACGCCUCGUUUUCUGCAUGUAAAAUGUGUGUGUUCUUUAAAAGCCAGUGGUUGGCUGGUUUUCCGGACAUGAUGUGGUUGAAGCUGUCAUCGUAAUGGAAAUUCAUUGCUGUAGCUAUGGUAAAUCGAGUUUUCUGCCUGUGCUGAAUGCAUUAAUCUAAUGAGAUGUUUGCAGCUGGAGCGCAGGGCUGCUGGAGACUAACUGUGAGCUACUAACACGGGUGGAAGAUAGCUUUUGCAAUACUCGGUUUGCAUGUGCUGAAAGUCAUCUGUCUUCUGAGUCAACACUCCCGACCUGGUAAACAACCUGCUCAGGGCUCUGGUGAACAAGCUGUAGCACCUCUUCUGCCUGUGAGCGAUUUGUCACCUCAUUCUGUAAGACUGGCACCAGCAGAAAUGCAGUCUCAAAGGAUCCCGGGGAGAAAGCGAGGCCGACCCUCACUUCACUCCACGCCUAUGAAGAUGGCAGUUCAUAACCUUUAUUCUGCUUCAGCUGGCUCUUUACCAGCAGUGAAGAUCCCAAAGAAAAGAGGGCGGAAACCCGGGUACAAGAUCAAGUCUCGGGUUCUCAUGACUCCCUUAGCCCUCUCACCUCCGCGGAGUACCCCAGAGCCCGACCUCAGCUCUAUCCCUCAGGAUGCAGCCACGGUCCCCAGCUUGGCGGCCCCACAGGCUCUCACAGUCUGCCUCUACAUCAACAAGCAGGCCAAUGCGGGGCCCUAUCUGGAGAGGAAGAAGGUGCAGCAGCUCCCGGAGCAUUUUGGGCCCGAGCGGCCAUCGGCGGUGCUGCAGCAGGCCGUCCAAGCCUGCAUCGACUGCGCCCACCAGCAGAAGCUGGUCUUCUCCCUGGUCAAGCAGGGCUAUGGUGGUGAGAUGGUGUCAGUCUCGGCUUCCUUUGAUGGCAAACAGCACCUGCGGAGCCUGCCUGUGGUGAACAGCAUCGGCUAUGUCCUCCGCUUCCUCGCCAAGCUGUGCCGAAGCCUCCUGUGCGAUGACCUCUUCAGCCACCAGCCCUUCCCCAGGGGCUGCAGUGCCUCUGAGAAAGUCCAGGAGAAAGAGGAAGGGAGGAUGGAAUCAGCCAAGACAGUCAUCACCGAAGAGUACCUGGUGAACCCUGUGGGCAUGAACCGCUACAGCGUGGACACCUCCGCCUCCACCUUUAACCACAGGGGCUCCUUGCACCCCUCCUCCUCGCUGUACUGCAAGAGGCAGAACUCUGGAGACAGCCACCUUGGGGGUGGUCCUGCUGCCACCGCUGGUGGUCCCCGCACUAGCCCCAUGUCUUCUGGUGGCCCCUCGGCACCUGGGCUGAGGCCCCCAGCCUCCAGCCCCAAGAGAAACACGACCUCUCUUGAAGGAAACAGAUGUGCCUCAAGCCCUUCUCAGGAUGCGCAGAAUGCCAGGCGGCCACGGAGCAGGAACCCCUCCGCCUGGACAGUGGAGGACGUGGUGUGGUUUGUGAAGGACGCCGACCCGCAGGCUCUGGGGCCUCACGUGGAGCUCUUCAGAAAGCACGAGAUUGAUGGCAACGCUCUGCUGUUGCUGAAGAGUGACAUGGUCAUGAAGUACCUGGGCCUGAAGCUGGGACCCGCACUGAAACUCUGCUACCACAUUGACAAACUGAAGCAAGCCAAGUUCUGACGUUUUUAAAAAGACAGAAGCGAAACCCAAAACAACAGAUCUCAAGAUUAUCUUCUGCCUUACCAAUAUCCCGCCAACAUCACAAAAUAGACUCUCCUCUUAAAAUUAACAGCCACAGAGACGUGGUCUUUUUAUAAAACUUGUGAAUCUUUGCCUUUUGAAGAAUUUAACACGGACCUUUUCGAGAGGCUCCUCUGUGUUCAUAAUUUGCCAAAAAAUUACAAAAGCCUGUGAUUUUUAACAUCCCUGUUAUGCUGAUUUCUCUUAAAGUGGGUCCUAUUUGCAUAACGAGAGAGUGGGGAACUGAAUGCUUACGCCCAAGGAGAGUUCUGGAGGGUUCAAAGGAUGAAAGAAGGACCUUUGUCCCUGCGGUCUCUGCAGGGACACCCCCCUCAGCACCAUCUGCCUCUAACUCUGACCUGGGGACCUAUCCAUGUGAGCCUUGUUUGCCUCAGCUCUGGAAGCUGACUUCUGAAGAUGACUGCCUCACCUUGCACUAUCUGGAAAACUUGAAUUAUUUUACGCCGUGAAAGAAAAAGGAAAAAAAAAAUCUUUUCUGUUCCUAGAAAAUCUGAAGUACUGUGUUUCUCCGCUAGAGGGCAGACUGCUAAUGAAAUUUCAGGACCCUCACUGACUGCAGUAGCAGGAUUGUUCAGUACUGAGUGGAUGGGUUAGGGUGUCUGUGAACAAGAUCUAGCCCACACAGAAACAGGGGAUUUAUUCCACAGUUAGCACCACAGAUUGCGACUUGGGAAGAAACCAUCAGCUAGAGGGGUCUAGUUCGUAUCCAAUCAUUAUUGACUGACUGACUGAUACUCAACUAGCAAAGGCAAGAAUUUGGAAGCACGCUCUACCCAGAUGGGACUUUGGAGUUCCUUCCCUUCCAGAGUCCUUAUUGAGGUGUUGAAGUGUUGGCAUGCCGAAGAAUCUUAGUGACAUUUAGCCAUGGGUGUUUCUUUAAAAAAGGAAAAGAAAAUGUCUCAACGAAGCUUUGAAAUGGGAGAGUGUUGAUUUCUAGUUACAUUGCUGGGUUAUGUAGUUGUAUCUGUGGCUAAUUUUUCUAGUCCUCAACAAAUACACAGACAUGCUAUUAUGGGGUUUAAUUCAAUUUACAAAUAGGUUUUCCUUCCUCACCGUGGAGUAAUAGAAAAAAUUGAUUUUCUGCUCCUUUGCAGCUGUGUCCAGAGACGGACAAUGAAUCCACAAUUUAUUAGGCAGAGGCACAACUUCUCCACCAUUCGUUUUAUCCUUCUCUUUUCUCUGUUUCCCUCCACCUCUCUUCUUCUUCUUUCACACUGAGCAGAAAACAUAUCUUCAAAAUGAAUUCGCCUUUGCCAUGUGCAUAUUCUCUUCCUUAAAAGGACAUCAACAGUGUUGGAGAUGAGGAGAUGAACAUUAGAUUUUGGAAUUUCUGGGAGGGAGAGGGUUAGGGAUGACUCAGGGCCUCCCUUCGCCCAAAGGUGAAUCAGAAAAGGCACCCCUUUCUCUGGGAUACAACCUGAGCAGGGGUCUCAGCUGGCAAGUGGAGCAGGGUGGGGGCUCAACCUCCUCACCGCUUGAUCAGCUGCCGUUGUACAGAGCAUGACCUGUAUAACCUUGAGGGCAGCCCUGGGUAGAUCUGCAGAGUGACCCUCUAUAUAGUUAGAAUCCAGAUGAAGGCCAUAAGAAAUAGUCCAUGCCAUGCCGUUAGGCCCGCUUUCAUGUGCAGUACUUGAGAAAGCACAUAGUAGCCUCCUUUUCAGACACACAAAUGGUGGCUGGACUGAGAGCAUGGCAGAGAAGGGGAGGAGGAGAAUGUACUAAACUUGCUCACUGAAUUGAGCUUGAGUUAUUAGAUUGUAGAAGAGCUUGAUGUCUGGUGAUUUUGUUACAGGAAGGGGGUCCCGAUCCAGACCCCAAGAGAGGGCUCUUGGAUCUCAUGCAAGAAAGAAUUCAGGGUGAGUCCAUAAAGUAAAGUGAAAGCAAGUUUAUUAAGAAAGUAAAGGAAUGAAAGAAUGGCAACCCCAUAGUCAAAGCAGCUCUGAGGGCUGCUGGUUGCCCAUUUUUAUGGUUAUUUCUUGAUAUGCUAAACAAGGGGUGGAUUAUUCAUGCCUCCCCCUUUUAGAUCAUAUAGGGUAACUUCCUGAUGUUGCCAUGGCAUUUGUAAAACCGUCAUGGCACUGGUGGUAGUAUAGCAGCGAGGACAACCAGAGGUCACUCUCGUUGCCAUCUUGGUUUUGGUGGGUUUUAGCCAACUUCUUUACUGCAACCUGUUUUAUCAGAAGGUCUUUAUGACCUGUAUCUUGUGCUGACCUCCUGUCUCAUCCUGUGACUCAGAAUGCCAUAACCAUCUGGGAAUGCAGCCCAGUAGGUCUCAGCCCCAUUUUACCCAGCUCCCAUUCAAGAUGGAGUUGCUCUGGUUCAAAUGCCUCUGACAGGUUCAGCACCUGAGAAAAGUACCUUGAAUCAGGCCUUGGGGCAGAGUCUUCAAGAUUUUAAGGUGGUAGGGCCUGUCUCUUAAGAAUUUAUUAAUCGUAAGUGCUCACUGCUGGUUUAGAGUUAGAUACAUUUCCCUCAAAACAGCCAUGGGCAGGUUAUGUACUCAGAACUGCCAGUGUGAAAACAAUGAGAUCCAGAAAAAUCCCACAACAAUCCAGGUUUUUCACUCCUCUUUUUUUUUUCUCAAUCUUCCGAUACUUGCGGUACCUCUUCCAUCAACAGAUACCUCAUGUAGUGACUUCCAGUAUUAAGUUUUCAAAACUUCCUACCCACCCUCAUCAGUGACUCCUUCACUACAGAGUCACAAACACUGGUGCUCUCAAAUAAAAAUCAGCCCCAAACAAUGUCAAAGAGAUCCCUUGAGUAGUUUUCAGGCGAGAGAUAUGUUCUCAUUUCAAGUCUUGGAGAAAACUGGAUCCAUGUUCACGUGGAACUUCUCUCACGGAGGUGCUAUCUCAUUUUGCAUUAAACUUUAAGCAGGACAGAUUGCUGAAGCCAUGAUAUUUAAGGUUUGACUUUUUAAAAAUCUCAUUACUCUUAAAAUAAAUGCUGCCACAUCAGAGAAUAACCUGGGGAGGAAAAUCUUCCUUGACUGUUUCUGCACUGAAAUGCAAUUAGCCAACUAAAUUAUUGUAGCAAUACUGCAAUUAUAAUUAAUUUUCACCCCUCUCAAAAAUCUUGUCAAACCAGGAGGCUAAAUAGCUUCACAAAUGUAAAACACACCAGGCCAUUUCCUCUAAACAGACCUUAAAGGGUUAGGCCACGUGGGUCACCCUUGUCCAAAUGAGAGCGGACUUGGGGGCCUCUCAC